CGUGCUGUACGCCCCUCCUCCACUUGGGCACGCUAUAAUCGCCACUAUGGCCGCAACAAAAUUAACUGGGGCUCCCUAGGAAAGCCUGCCUUGUUUACUGCAAUAUUUUGCAUCUUCACUACUGUCUCCACGCCGUAUGUGAUGCAACUACCUGUUUUAUCCUACUUCAAGUCACAUCCUAAGGCAAUAGUUCACGCCAUUAUUGGUUUAAAUGUGGCUGGAUUUUUAGCCUGGAGAAGUCCUCUCACGUCAAGAUACAUGUCACGUUUCGGUCUUCUAAUGAAAGAUAAUAUCAGAACUCAAUGGGCUUUGUUGGGCUCAGCGUUCUCCCAUCAAGACCCAUUCCAUCUAUUGUUCAACAUGCUCAUGCUCUAUUCCUUCGGAACUUCCUUUGCCAUGUCCAUUGGAUCGUCUAAUUUUCUAACCAUGUACCUCAAUUCGGCUGUCAUAUCCUCUUUUAUUUCAAUAGCCAUUCCAACAAUAAUGAGAACUUCCUUGUCAGUGGCUUCUUUGGGAGCUUCGGGGGCGCUUUUCGGGGUCUUUGGAGCUUUUUCUUACCUUGCUCCUAAAGCGCCUGUCGCCUUGUUCUUUCUCCCAGUCCCGGGAGGUGCCUGGUUUUUAUUCUUGGGAUCCCUUGCUAUCAAUGCUGUGGGGAUUGCAUUCAAAUGGGGGCGUUAUGACUAUGCGGCUCACCUUGGUGGAGGUUUAGCAGGAGCUGCUUACGGUUGGUAUUUAUCAAAGCUUCGCGAAUCUAGAAUCAGAUCACGG